AUGUUAUCACCUGAGGCAUCUGAAAUGAUCGCAAAUAUUGGAACACUCACCCUCGACCAAGUACGUGGGUUCCUACCAGUGGCAAAAAGCAAAACUCAAGAAUAUGUCGAUUUAAUCGCAAAAGCCAGAACAAGUUCUCGUCAGUCAGAGGAAAAGGUUCGCUCGACAAUCGCAAUGUACGACUUUUUUCCUCCAGAAUGUCGAAGACAGAAUCAACACCUUAUAAACUCCAUGAUGGGAACACUUGAUAAAAUGAAUGCUGCACGGGAGGAGGGUGAAAAGGAAGUCAAUGAGUUGAUAGAAGAGUGCAUUACCAUCGAGAAGGCAUGUAUAAAGAGAGGAUUUGAUGGAGAAGGAAAAGACUGCAACAAGUACUUGAGGAUAAUUCUCUGGCACAAAGAAGUGAAUAUCCAUCAUUUUCUGCAUCUCAUUAAGUUUCAAAAGUCAAUACAAUUUUGA